AUGCCGCUCGAGGGCAUGCGCGCGCAGGUGCGCGUCGCGGAGAGCGGCCGAGGUGGCGCUGCAGGCGCGUGUGGCGACCCUGGACUGCGAGGCGGGGCUCGGGCCGCGAUGGCCGAGGAGUCCGCGCGGGUCGAGGCGCCGCGUGAGGAGCUCGAGGCCGCCGGGGUGAUGCCGGCGGCGCGCGCCGGGGAGUCGCGGCUGGCCCUGGAGGAGGUGUGCGUCCUUCAGGGCGAGCUUGCGGUCGCCACGGAGCGCGCGGAGGGCGCGGAGGCGCGCGUGAAGGCGCUGCCGACGGAGGUCCACGAGGCGCGCAUGGUCGCCGCGGCCGCCUGCGCACGUGAACACGGAGGCUCAGCCUAG